CUAAUCACAACAACAAAAUCUUGAUUGUGAAAGCUGAGACGACACAACACAUUGAAUUCGCAAAUUAAAAUAUAUUAGCUAGCAGAGGUGGUUAAAAAUGGCGGGUAAGGAAAGAGGAGUAGAAUGGAGCAUCAACAUGGGGGAUGGGACGUCGAGAGUUCUAGAAGCAGAGAGCAGGUUCGGGUGCAGAGGAUUGCGGAGGUUCGCGUCAAAGAUGGGAGGCUUCUUUGCAAGAGCAUGGAGGUUAGGAGUAAACGAGCCAAAGAAAACCAUACAUUGUGUUAAGGUGGGGAUGGCCCUCUCUCUGGUUUCACUCUUUUACUACAUGAGGCCCUUGUACGAGGGUGUCGGCGGCAAUGCUAUGUGGGCCGUCAUGACCGUCGUCGUCGUCUUCGAAUAUACCGUUGGAGCGACGCUUUGUAAAUGUGUGAAUAGGGCAAGUGGGACUUUGUUGGCGGGAGCAUUGGGAGUUGGUGUUCAUUGGGUUGCUAGCCAAUCUGGGGAGAGGUUUGAGCCUAUAAUUCUUCAAGCCUCAGUUUUUGUUCUAGCAACUGCGGCGACGUUCUCACGUUUCAUUCCGUCGAUAAAAGCUCGAUUCGACUACGGGGCGAUGAUCUUCAUCCUGACGUUCAGCCUGAUAUCAGUUUCCGGGUACCGCGUGGAGAAGCUGUUUGAGAUGGCUCAUCAUAGGCUCUCUACUAUUGCCAUAGGGACCUCCAUCUGCAUCAUUACAACCAUCAUUUUCUGCCCUGUCUGGGCUGGCACCGAACUCCAUAACCUCAUCAUAAACAACAUGGACAAGCUAUCUGAUUCCUUAGAUGGAUGUGUGGCUGACUACUUCAGUAGCAACAGUGAAACUUCCGACAAAACCUUGCAAGCCUACAAAUGCGCCCUUAAUUCUAAGGCCACCGAAGAAUCAUUGGCGAAUUUCGCAAGAUGGGAGCCGGCACAUGGAAAGUUCAAUUUCGGACAUCCAUGGAUAGAGUAUGUCAAGGUUGGAGCUUCGCUCAGAAGCUGUGCUUACUGCAUCGAGGCGCUUAAUGGGAGCAUGAAUUCUGAGGCUAAGGUUCCUGAUGCCCUAAAGAAGCAUUUCGGCAACUUCUGCGUGAGACUGAGCAAUAAAUCCUCAGCUGUGAUGAAAGAGCUUGCUGUUGUGAUGAGCAGCAUGAAGAAACCAUCAAAGAUAGAUUUCAUGGUGGAAGAGAUGAGGAGUGCAGUCCGAGAGCUUGAGAACGCCCUGAAAUCACUGUCGAAGCAGCCCAUCCAGCCAACUGAGGCCAAGGCCGGAGAGGCAGCAGCGCCUCCCAUGGCCGUCACUCUAGCAGAAGUGGUUCCCCUAGUGACGGUUUCCUCGUUGCUGAUAGAGAUCGCGGCCAGAACAGAGAAACUUUCCGAGGCCGUGAAUGCAGUGGCAGAGAAGGCUGAAUUCGAGGUUGAAACUGCUGAGGAGGCGAAGAAAGGACAAAGCUCGAAAGGAGGGAACAUGGUUGGUGAAGAAGACAAGGCGACGAAGACCCUUCAGAAGGUCUGAGUUUGUGAGAAUUUAAGAACCAAAUUAUGCUUUCUUUAGUAAGUUGGUUGCUUAUAGGCGAUGACCAUGUACAGUAAAGGACAAUUGCUGUGAAAUAGAACUUCUUCAAGAAUAUUUUUGUUCAGAACAGAGAGGAGAUGGAAACUUAUUCUAAAAAUGUGAUCUUUUACCAUUCUGCAGUUGAAGAAAUUUUAUGUCCCAUUUCCA